AUGGAGUAUAUUAAAUUCAUCAAGGCCAAGGCGCACCUUGCGACAGCGUCCAAGUCGGACACUCCAGUUCUAUCCGAAGAAGAUGAGCAAUUCUUGGAUCACAUAAUAUCGCAGGAGAAUCCGCCUCCACUUCCGGCCAGACCAGGUGUGGCCACCCAUGAGAUCAAUGACGCUCAAGUUGCGUUAAUGGAUGGGGCGCAAAACAUAGCUCUACCUGAGACCCCUAACGAGAUUACGGAAGAACAUGCCGCAGGACCGGCUGCAGAGGCGAGUACUACCGAAUCUUCUGCAACUAAGCCAGCAGGAAACUGGAGUUGGCUACGACGCGACAGCCGUGAUGCUCGAGCUCAGCAACGGGAGGAAGCUGCAUCUGGCUUGGACCACAUCGCCGCGAAUCUCAGAAAGGCUGAAAUUGAAGAUAGCGAUGACACCAAAGAAGCCAAACGUGAAGAGGAAGACAUGACUAUUGUCUUAGAACGACUGAACCUUGCAGCUGUCAAUAAUCGGGUAUUUUCCAUUAGUGAUGAUACCCAAGAGUUACUCCAGAAGUUCAACCUUGUAUUCAAAGAUCUUAUAAACGGUGUUCCCACCGCAUAUGAUGAUCUUGAGUCCUUGUUGACCAAUGGUGACCGGCAAUUACAGAAGACCUUCAACUCACUCCCGAGUUUCCUACAGAAGCUGAUUGAGAAGCUACCCGAAACCGUGACUAAAGGCUUUGCACCGGAAAUGAUGGCAGCCGCAUCUGAGAGAGCACAAAAGAGUGGCAUCAAUAUGGAAAAUGCGGGCAAAGCGGCAGCGGCAGCAUCAAAAAUGGGUCUCAAAACACCUUCAUUGAAAGAGUUGGUCGGGAAGCCGGCUGCUAUUACUGGUAUGCUGAGGUCGAUUAUUGGGUAUCUCCGUGCACGGUUCCCAGCAUUCAUGGGCAUGAACGUACUAUGGUCUCUGGCCCUAUUCGUGCUACUUUUUGUAUUCUGGUACUGUCACAAACGCGGCAAAGAGGUGCGACUGGAGAAGGAACGGCAGCUUACAGAGCAAGAAGUCGAAAAGCUUGACGACGAGUACAAGAGCAAACACCCCGGCGAGACACCUACAACAACGGCAGAGAAGGGUGCAUCAAUGGAAGAUGUACAGGCUGGUAUCAAGCAGGUCGAAGCAGCAAAAGCCGCGGCAGCAGACGCUAGUUCAGUAGUAGGAAAGUCAGUGGAUCCAGCGAUCAUACCCCCAACAUCAGUGCCCUGA